AUGGACUCUGACAAUCUUUUGAACGUUUUAGACUAUGAUCUGGACAUAGACUUUGAAACUGCAUACGAAAUGAUCAAUAAUGAUGAUCAGCUAGACAAAAUACACCAUAACCAUAACCACAAUAUGCCAUUUGAGUCGGAAAUGGAACGUUGGAAUACCUCAGAAACUCGUGGCCAAAAGCGAAAUGCUGAAGAUAGAACAAACGGUGCACCAACGGAAUCUGUGGGGCUGGCAAGUUUGGAACAUACACGCAGCGCGGGUCUGCUGAGCGAAUUCGAGUCUAGUGCGAUCGAGAACUUCUUGGACAGUUUGAUAAGUAUAGGCGAAAAAAACGACUCGAGCUGGCCAAGGCUCCCGACUUUCCCCUGGGGUAAGCACGAGGAAAAUAAUCAUCUACAGAAGGCACUUGGAGGUCUCGAUGAUCUGGAAUCGUCAGGACAUUCCACUCAUUUCGGGAACAGCGCAAUGCCAUCUGCUGGUGCAAACACGUGUCGACCAAACCACGAAGUUUCUCGAGAUCCUCACGCUAAUGUGCCAGUCACGGCCGUGCAUUCCUCAGCUACGGCCAAUAAGGAAAUAAGCAUCACAACCACCGGGCAAGUUGCCGAUAAGAAUGCUCCAGCCUUACUAACAUAUGCUCCUGCCAUUCUAAAAUCCCCCGAAAUUAUUGUUUUAGACUCUGAGAUCCCUUCAGAGGUACGAAACAACCCCGUAAAGCGAAAGAAAUGGAAACACGUUGCUCUGGAGAAGAAGCGCCGAAAUGCCAUCAAAGAAUAUUUUGACGAUCUGGUGGAGCUCAUUCAGUUCCCAAGACCUGCAGCGGGCGAAUCCAUAACUUCUCAAUCAGAAGACACGGAGGAAGGGUUCAAAUCAGACCGCAAGAAGAGAAUCAAGAAAGAUAGACCCACCGACAAAAGAAUACCGAAACAUGUUCUUCUGAAUUACCUGAUCGAAGACAUGAACUCCGUCCUCCAGGCAAAUAGGAGUUUGGAGGAGACACUCAAGUCCCACAAGCUGAGUCAAGCCGCAUAA